AUGGAAUUUAUAACAGCAGCCUUCGUAGGCCUUCUAGGAAUUUUGAUCUACCUUUUGAUAAAAUAUCCAGAUAGGAGUAUUGGUACGAAACCAAGGACAGACCUUAAUGGUCCUAAAGGCUAUCCACUUAUUGGAAAUAUUUUAGAUAUUUACAAAGAUAACAAAGGACUCUUAAUGUUCAUGUGCGAAACUUUAACAAAAUAUGGUCCAAAUGCAACGUUUACGUUACCAGGAUUGGGUAGGGUUGUCACGAUUAAUAAUCCCGAAUGUAUAGAACACGUUCUGAAAACGAAUUUCGAGAACUAUUAUAAAUCACCAGCCCUUUACAGUAUUGUUUAUGAUGUGUUUGGAGACGGAAUUUUUAAUUCUAAUGGAAAUGCGUGGAGAAUGCAAAGAAAAUUGUCGAGUCAUUUAUUUAACGGCAGAAAUUUUCGUAACAUUUUUUGCGUUGUGUUUGAAGAAGAAACCAAGAUCGUAUUAAAUACAUUGGAUAAAUUAGCAAGGACUGGUGAAACGUUUGAUUUACAAGAUUUGUUUUUUAGGAUUACAUUUGGAUUGGACUUUAAUUGCCUGAAAAAUCUAAAAGAUCCAGUAAAAUUUGCAACGUCAUUCGAUUUUGCGCAAAGAGUAAUGAACGAUCGAGUCGAAAAUCCUUUUUGGAAAAUUACAGAAUUAUUUACAGAAAAAGGUCAUAAAAUGCGAAAAGCGUGCGACUAUUUAUCAACUUUUGCCUAUGAUAUAAUUAAGAACCAUAGGAAUAACCCGGAAGCAUUAAAAGACCCUAGAGAUAUCCUUAAUAUAUUUAUGAACGCUCAACAUGAUAACGGUGAAAAAUUGACCGAUAAGGAAUUAAGAGAUGUUGUGAUAAAUUUUAUUAUUGCUGGACGUGACACAACUGCACAAACGCUCUCGUGGAUGAUGUAUAAUCUUAUGGUCAAUCCUUCCGCAGAAGAACAAUUAAUCAAAGAAGUUAAUUCUUUACUCACAUCAGAAAAUACAAUUUCAAAUUAUGAAAAUAUAAAACUUUUUCAAUAUACGCAGGCAGUAUUUCACGAAACGCUUCGGUUACAUCCUAUAGUACCGAAAAGUCUUAGGAUAUGUCUUAAAGAUGAUGUGCUUCCCAAUGGCGUACCAAUUUAUGCUGGUGAGAUGGUUAAUUGGUCAUCCUGGUCAAUGGGAAGAGAUGAAAGAAUAUGGGGAAAUGAUGCAAGGCAAUUUAAUCCAAAAAGAUUUUUAAAUUCCGAAGAUGGAUUGAAGCCAAGUCAAUAUAAAUUCAUAAGUUUUCACGCUGGACCAAGAAUAUGCCUUGGACAAAAUUUUGCCACAGUUGAAGCUAUAAUGUUAGCGACGGCCGUAUUAAAGCAAUUCAAAUUUGAAAUGGUACCGGGACAAAAAUGUCCUCCCGAUUAUGCUCGUUCUUUAACUUUACCAAUGAAAGAUCCUUUACUAGUUAAAGUUCAUCAUAGACAAUAUUAA